CGUUACUUCCUCUGUAGAAACAGUCUGUCAACGUGAACGAGUGAAGUCUACAAACAAAAUAGGGAAAGAAAGUGUAAAUGUUGACAAAACUAUGACGUGAUGGAUAUGUUUAACAAAAUCCGAAGUGCUGUUAGCAGUGCUUUACCGGGAAACCCGCUGUCAAAGGACUUUGAUGUAUUAAACCAGGUAGCUAGUGGUGGUUCAGGCUUGUCCUGGAAAAUCUACAAUGGGAUAAAACGAACAUCAAAACAGGAAGCUGCUGUGUUUGUCUUUGACAAGAAGACACUUGAGAAGUAUUCCAGACGAGAUAAGGAGAUAAUUAUAGAAUGUUUGAAGAAGGGCGUGUCCCAGUUGACCCGACUGCGUCACCCUAAAGUGCUGUCUAUCCUUCACCCCCUGGAGGAAUCACGAGAGACAUUAGCCUUUGCAACAGAACCAGUGUUUGCCUCAUUAGGCAAUGUCCUUGGCUACCAUGACAACCUACCCAAUCCGAUGCCAAGACAGUUGGCAAAUUUCAGUUUGUACGAGGUGGAAAUCAAACACGGGCUCCUGCAGGUAGCUGAGGGAAUCAGUUUCCUCCAUCAUGAUGUUAAACUCCUCCAUAGUAACCUGUGUCCUGAGAACAUCAUCAUCAACAGGGAUGGAGUCUGGAAACUGUUUGGGUUUGAGUGUUGUAUACCUAACACCAAUUCUCAAGAUCAGUGUCCACUGUUUGCAUUCCGAGAAUGGGAUUCUGAAAUUCCUCCAAUCGCUCAGCCAAACCUUAAUUACUUAGCGCCGGAAUAUGCUCUCACCAUGAACUGUAGUUUGGCUAGUGACAUGUUUUCUAUUGGCGUACUUAUCCACACAAUAUUCAACAAAGGGAAGCCACUCUAUGAGUGCAAAGAGCAGCUGUCACAGUUCAAGAAAUUUUCUGCUGAGCUACAGAAGUUUAGAUCGUCCCUACUUGGGAAUGUGCCUAAUGAACUACACGAAUAUGUCAAGUUAUUGCUGAACUCCGAACCUACAGUGAGACCUGAUCCGGAUCAACUGACCAAGAUACCAUUUUUCGAAGAUGUGGGUUGUAUGACUCUUCAGUACAUGGAUUCAUUAUUCCAGAGGGACAAUCUACAAAAGUCACAAUUUUUUAAAGGCCUUCCAAAAAUUAUCUCAAAACUGCCAAAGAGAGUGAGUCUUCAGAGAAUCCUGCUGCCUCUCCGGAAAGAGUGCGUAAACCCGGAAAUGGUGCCGUUUAUCCUGCCUAAUAUUCUACAAAUCGCAGAACAGAGCACAGAUGAAGAAUAUCUCGUACACAUCCUGCCAAUACUUAAACCCAUGUUUAAACUCAGGGAACCACCACAGAUUCCUUUGACUUUCAUGCAAAACAUGAACCUGUUGCUGAAGAAGACUCCUCAAGGAGAAAUAAAAAACCAUGUGAUACCGAUGAUUCACCAGUGUUUGGAGGCGGCGAGUCCUCAGCUACAGGAAUUGUGCCUCUCCAUUGUGCCAACUUUUGCAGAGCUGAUUGAAUUUAGCUCUUUGAAAAAUUCCAUCAUUCCAAGGAUUAAAAAAUUGUGUCUUUCAACAGGUGUAUUAGCUAUUCGGACUAACUGCCUGUUGUGUAUCGGUAAACUGUUAGAAUACCUGGACAAGUGGACUGUUCUGGACGACAUAUUCCCCCUCCUCCCCCAGAUACCCACCAGGGAGCCAGCAGUACUGAUGAGUAUACUAGGAAUAUACCAAGUUACGCUGUCUCAUGUCAAACUGGGGAUUACCAAAGACAUCAUGGCUACCAAAGUCUUACCAUUCAUCAUCCCCCUGGCAAUGGACAACAACCUAAACCUUCAUCAGUUCAAUGCCUAUAUGUCAGUGAUUCGGGACAUGCUGGGUCGCAUGGAGAAGGAUCAGCGGGCCAAACUCGAACAGCUCGAUCAAAUGAAACAAGAGCAACAGACCAUUCAAAUUACAAAGAUCACCUCCUCAAACGACAAUGAGCUGGUCAGUACUGGUGAAGAGGCUGGACAGCAGUCAAUGAUGGGCAAAUUUCUGAGUGGGUUUGGUAUCAGUGGAAUGAUGAGCGGUGAAAAGUCGGCCCCAAGGUCAAGUAGCACCACCCCUGUCAGCAGUAGUGGGGAAGUUGUGAAGAUUGAGGAGGAAAACCACCAGGCAGCUAUCCCUAUCAGUCAGCCAUCAAAGACAUUAUCAUUGGAAGAGAAGCAGAAAUUGGCAAAACAACAGGAACAGCAAAGACUUUACAAAGCCCAGAAACCUUUAGGCACAGCAGCCAGUUCUUCAACAAAGUCCCCACAGACCUCUCGAGCUCCAAACACAGGGGUCAAGGACCUGACGUCCUCUCUCAUGGGUUCCAAUCUGAUUGGAAUACCUCCCUCGGCAAAUAAAACACCAAUGAACGUGAACAGAUCCAGCAACCAUGGGUCUGCUGGCAUGGCAACGAACACUUCUAUGAAUUCAAGUGCUGCAAGGACUACUGCAUCUGUGUUUGGAACAAAUUCUGUGCCAGCAAAUAGAACUAUGGGGCAACCUUUAGGUCAAAGUUCAAUGGGUAUGUCUGGUGGAAUGGGUCAAAGUUCAAUGGGUAUGUCAGGUGGAAUGGGUCAAAAAUCAAUGGGUAUGUCAGGUGGUAUUGGUCAAAGUUCAAUGGGAAUGUCAGGAGGAAUGGGUCAAAGUUCAAUGGGUAUGUCAGGAGGAAUGGGUCAAAGUUCAAAGGGAAUGUCAGGUGGAAUGGGUCAAAGAUCAAUGGGUAUGUCAGGCGGAAUGGGUCAAAGUUCAAUGGGUAUGUCAAGUGGAAUGGGUCAAAGCUCAGUAGGAAUGUCUGGUGGUUUUGGAAUGAAUCCAAAUUCUACAAUGAUGGGACAAAAUAGUGUGUCAGGUCAGAAAGUGAAUAUGUCGUCCUUUGACAAUUUGUUGCCUAUGUCAUCAAGUCAACAACCACAAAUGUCUUUGAACCAAAUGUCCCAGUCAAAUGUCAGACCUCCACAACAACAAACUUUAAAUUCAAAUCAAUAUGGAAUGAUGGGGAGCAAUAUGGGUACCCCAAUGGCUGGUAUGGGUCAGAUGUCUGGAAUGGGAAGUGGACAGUUUGGUGGAAGUCAGGGCUACAUGCAGAACUCCACAGGCAUGCUACAGCCAAUGGGAUCACAGCUACAGCAGCCAAUGGGAAGCCAAGGAAUUCAACCAAUCACAUCUCAAGGAAUGUCAAACAACUCAUCAUCCAAUGAUCUGUCUGAUAUAUUUGGUUAAUAGUUAAUGUAUGCAGGGGCUUUACCGUAUUCGAACAAAUUAAUACCCCAUGUCCCUGAUAAUCAUUCCUUAUCCUUUUUAGGGUGUUUGACCUUCUCAACCUUAACAAUAACUUUCAAACAAGUUUAAUUUAUGUUUUUGUUUUUGAGAAUUUUGGAGCUGCAGCAGUUAUUCCUAAUUAUCCAUAUUGCUAUACAAAGCACAUUGGGCCCCUAUCAGGUAAACUGCAGUAACUGUAUAGUGCUGUGUACUCUGAAAAGUAUGACAGUAGCAUGGUUUAAAUGAAAAAUAUACCAAACAAAUUAUUUAUUCUUCAAAGGACAAUGGUAGAAUUAUUUAUCUUAUAAAGGUUUAAAGGGACAACUGUUUAAUUUAAUACAUCAUGUGAAUUCAUGGUUGGAAGAAAAGUACUAUUUCCACAAACUUACAGUCAUAUCACCAGAUUUAUUAGUGAUGUUGUAAUCUUUAGAUAGCAUAUCAAUUUGAAUAUACUUUUUGGUAUAUUUAUGGUUGAUUCUAUUAAGGGAUGUGCAAUGACAGCCAAUCAUAGUAGUUUCUUAUGUCAUCAAGCUUAAGUGUAAUACAUUGUACUGUAUGUCAGAUUACAGAGGAAUUAUAGGACAACCUGUUGUUUGUAUGUUCCUGUAUAUGUCAGAUUACAGAGGUACUAUGGGACAACCUGUUGUUUGUAUGUUCCUGUAGAUGUCAGAUUACAAAGGUUUUAUAGGACAACCUGUUGUUUGUAUGUUCCUGUAGAUGUCAGAUUACAAAGGUUUUAUAGGACAACCUGUUGUUUGUAUGUUCCUGUAGAUGUCAGAUUACAGAGGUACUAUAAGACAACCUGAUGUUUGUAUGUUCCUGUAGAUGUCAGAUUCCAGAGGUACUAUAAGACAACCUGAUGUUUGUAUGUUCCUGUAGAUGUCAGAUUCCAGAGGUUCUAUAGGACAA